UCUUACAAAAGAACAAUCCUUAACCUUACUUGUGAUUAGAUUGUCUGUUUUUAAUCUUGAUUAGGGACAAGAAAGCAAAAAAGAUUCAACCUAUAAACAGAGGGUUUUUUUUGUGUGUGUCAGAGACUAGGAAGAUAAUAAGGUUUUUUGUGUUUUCUUGUGGAACAAUUUUUAGGGUUUAUUAGGGUUCUUGAUUUCACAAAUAUGGGUUCUUACCCGGCUGGCUUCCCUGGAUCAUUGGAGUACUGGUUUGAUUUUCCUGGUUUAGGAAAUGGAUUUUAUCUAAAUGAUCAACCUUUGUUAGAUACUGGAUCUGUUCUUGACGUUCCUCCUCCUCCAGAGCCGUAUUCACAACAGCACCUUGCUUCUGCUGAUGCUGAUUUCUCUGAUUCGGUUUUGCAAUACAUAAACCAAGUACUUAUGGAAGAAGACAUUGAAGAUAAGCCUUGUAUGUUUCAUGAUGCUUUGUCUCUUCAAGCAGCUGAGAAAUCUCUCUAUGAAGCUCUAGGCGAAAAGUACCCGCCAGAUGAUGAUUCUCAGCCUAUGGUUCCUACUACUAGACCUGCUCAAUUGGUUAGUAGCCCUAGUAGUUCUUCUUAUGCUUCAAGCACCACGACCAGUACUUCCUCUGAUUCACAAUGGAGUUUUGAUUGUUUGGAGAAUAAUAGGCCUUCUUCUUGGUUGCAGACACCGAUUCCGAGUAACUUCGUUUUUCAGUCCACUUCUACUAAAACCAGUCCACAGUCUGUUGUUGGUGGCGGUGGCGGUAAUGCGGUUUUCGGGUCAAGUUAUAGUAAUGAUUUGGUUUCUAAUAUGUUUAACGAUAGCGAAUUGGCGUUACAAUUCAAGAAAGGGAUGGAGGAAGCUAGUAAGUUCCUUCCUAAGAGUUCUCAGUUGGUUAUAGAUGUCGAAAAUUUCAUCCCGGAGAAGGAUAACUCUGUUCCUUACAGAUUGACCGGGAAGAAAAGCAAUUGGCGCGAAGAUGAACAUUUGGCUGAAGAAAGAAGUAAGAAGCAACCAGCUGUUUAUGUUGAUGAAGCUGAGCUGACUGAUAUGUUUGACAAGAUUCUGAUAUUUGGCCAGGCUGAGGAACAACCGGUAUGCAUUCUUAACGAGAGUUUCUCGAAAGAACCUGUGAAAGCUUUAUCGGUUAGUAAGAGUCAAAAAGGCGAGAAACCAGCAGCUAGUGGUAACGCUUAUACAAAAGAGACACCUGAUUUAAGGACUAUGUUGGUUUCUUGUGCUCAAGCUGUCUCGAUUAAUGAUCGUAGAACUGCUGAUGAUCUGUUAAGUCGGAUUAGGCAACAUUCUUCAUCUUAUGGCGAUGGGACAGAGAGAUUGGCUCAUUAUUUCGCUAAUAGUCUUGAAGCAAGGUUGGCUGGGAUAGGUACUCAGGUUUAUACCGCCUUGUCUUCCAAGAAAACAUCUGCCUCCGACAUGUUGAAAGCUUACCAGACAUACAUAUCGGUCUGCCCGUUCAAGAAAAUUGCAAUCAUAUUCGCUAACCACAGUAUUAUGCGGUUGGCUUCGAUUGCCAAUACCAAAACCAUCCACAUCAUAGAUUUUGGGAUAUCUUAUGGUUUCCAGUGGCCUUCUCUGAUUCAUCGCCUUGCUUGGAGACGUGGUUCAUCAUGUAAGCUUCGGAUAACCGGUAUAGAGCUGCCUCAACGCGGCUUUAGACCAGCCGAGGGAGUUAUUGAGACGGGUCAUCGUUUGGCUAAGUAUUGUGAGAAGUUCCAUAUUCCAUUUGAGUACAAUGCAAUUGCACAGAAAUGGGAAACAAUCAAGUUGGAGGACUUGAAGCUAAAAGAUGGAGAGUUUGUAGCUGUAAACUCGUUGUUUCGGUUUAGGAACCUCCUAGAUGAGACGGUGGCAGUGCAUAGCCCGAGAGAUGCGGUUCUGAAGCUGAUAAGGAAGAUAAAACCAGACGUGUUCAUGCCCGGGAUCCUAAGCGGAUCAUACAACGCGCCUUUCUUUGUCACCAGGUUUAGAGAAGUUCUGUUUCAUUACUCAUCUCUCUUUGACAUGUGUGACACGAACCUAGCACGAGAAGAUCCAAUGAGGUUAAUGUUUGAGAAAGAGUUCUACGGAAGGGAGAUCAUGAACGUUGUGGCGUGUGAGGGAACAGAGAGAGUGGAGAGGCCAGAGAGUUAUAAGCAGUGGCAGGCGAGGGCGAUGAGAGCCGGGUUUAGACAGAUUCCACUGGAAAAAGAUCUGGUUCAGAAACUGAAGUUGCUAGUGGAAAAUGGAUACAAAACUAAAGAGUUUGAUGUUGAUCAAGAUUGUAACUGGUUGCUUCAGGGCUGGAAAGGCAGGAUAGUGUAUGCUUCAUCUGUUUGGGUUCCUUUGGUUUUAACGAUGGAUCACAAUUUUUCUGAAUCUCUUAUCGGCUUCGAUGCAAACCCUAGUUAUCUAUCUGAUCCAGUAGAAGAUCAGAAUACGCUUUUGAAAUAUGUGAGUGAGAUCCUUAUGGAAGAGAGUAAUGGUGAUUAUAAGCAGUCUAUGUUCUAUGAUUCAUUGGCUUUACGGAAAACAGAGGAAAUGUUCCAGCAAGUGAUUGAAGAAGAUUCUCAAAAUCAGUCCUUUAGUGCUGAUUCCAUCAUUACUACUAGUUGCAGCUGUGCUGGAGAUGCCAGUGGGAGUAUAGUCGAAUCUGUUCAUUCCCCUGAUCUGCUCAUUGGUCCAGCUGUGGAUGAGAUUGUGGUGAAGAGUAUGUUUAGUGAUGCAGAUUCAGCUUUGCAGUUUAGGAAAGGGGUUGAAGAAGCUAGUAAGUUCCUUCCCAAUAGUGACCAAUGGCUUAUCAAUCUAGAAACGGAUAGACCCGAAAGGCGCGAUUUUGUGAAAGAAGGGAUGGGAUUGGAUCCGUUGAGAGUAAAGAGGAGUCAUGAAAGGGAAGUUAUUGAUUUUGAGGAAGUAAGGAAUAGUAAGCAGUUUGCUACUAAUGUUGAAGAUGAGAAGAUAACUGAAGUGUUUGAUAAGGUUUUGCUUCUUGACAGCGAAUGCGAUCCGCCAACAUUGUUAGACGGCACGAUUCAAGAUAUUCGGAGUAAUAAACAAGAAGGGAAAGGGAAGAAGGAGAAGAAGAAGAAGAAGAAGAGUCAGGUGGUUGAUUUUCGUACGCUUCUCACGCUAUGUGCGCAAGCUAUUUCGACAGGCGAUAAAACCACGGCUCUUGAUUUGCUGAUGCAGAUUAGGCAACAAUCUUCGCCUAUUGGUGACGCGGGGCAGAGACUUGCUCAUUGUUUUGCCAAUGCGCUUGAGGCUCGUUUAGAGGGAAGCACAGGUCCUAUGAUUCAGACUUAUUACAAUGCUAUUACCUCGUUGAAGGAAACUGCUUCGGAUACACUUAAAGCGUACCGAGUUUAUCUUUCUUCGUCUCCGUUUGUUACCUUAAUGUAUUUCUUCUCGUUCAGGAUGAUUUUAGAUAAGUCUAAAGAUGCUUCGGUUCUUCAUAUUGUUGAUUUUGGGAUUCUCUAUGGGUUUCAAUGGCCGAUGUUUAUUCAAUACAUAUCAAGACGACAAGAUGCGCCGCGGAAACUGCGGAUUACUGGUAUCGAGCUGCCUCAGCGUGGGUUUCGCCCGACAGAAAGAAUAGAGGAGACAGGACGGAGAUUGGCUGAGUAUUGUAAACGGUUCAAUGUACCGUUCGAGUACAAAGCUAUUGCGUCUCAACACUGGGAAACAAUCCGGAUAGAAGACCUCGACAUACGACCAAACGAAGUCUUAGCGGUAACUGCGGGAGUCAGGCUCAAGAACCUUCAAGACGAAACAGGAAGCGAAGAGAACUGCCCGAGAGACGCUGUCUUGAAGCUGAUAAGAAACAUGAACCCCAACGUUUUCAUCCACUCAAUCGUCAACGGUUCGUUCAACGCACCGUUCUUCAUCUCACGGUUCAAAGAAGCUGUUUACCAUUACUCUGCUCUCUUCGACAUGUUUGAUUCUACUCUGCCUCGGGAUAACGAAGAAAGAAUAAGGUUCGAGAGGGAGUUUUACGGGAGAGAGGCUAUGAACGUGAUAGCAUGCGAGGAAGCUGAUCGGGUCGAGAGGCCAGAGACUUACAGACAGUGGCAAGUGAGAACGGUUAGGGCCGGGUUUAGGCAGGAACCGAUUAGAGCUGACAUGGUAGAGUUGUUUAGGGAAAGGUUGAAGAAAUGGGGUUACCAUAAAGACUUUGUGGUUGAUGAAAAUAGUAAAUGGUUGUUACAAGGCUGGAAAGGUCGAACUCUCUACGCUUCUUCUUGUUGGGUUCCUGUGUAAGUGUUGUUUCGUAGUUUUGUUACAAAAAUCAUGUAAUCAUAGGAAAACAUCUGAUAGGUUUACAAGAAUUCUU